AUGAUGAGAGAGGGCACUCAGACGAACAUUACUGCAAGGUCAGACGAGAUGACUUCGCGUAUAACAACUUAUAUUGUUUCGCCAAUUAUAUCUGUAAUGUAUCUGGGCCGCGGUCGCCAGGCGAGUACCAAACCCAAUGUUAUUACCAGAAACGACCUUCUACGAGCUGCUCAGGAGAUGCCCGCUAGGCGACAGGCUAGCUCGCAUAGUUUUCCCGCCGGCGGUUCGGGCAGCUCGAUGGGAUCUGGCGAUAGAAAGCUCCGCUCAAGGAAAUCACAUCGCAAGGAGCAUUUUGAGAGCGAAGCUGCGUAA